AUGAAGAAACAUUAUAACAUGGAACUCGAGGCUCUUCAAAAAAGCGGACCCAAACCGAGCAUUCCGUUGGGUGAACAAAAUAAAGCAAUUCUAAGACAGGAAUUUAUGGUUUUCUUAAUGAAUGUCGGACUAUUUGCUGGUGGAAUAGCAUUAGCUUUGCCAGCUGUAACGCUAAACCAACUCACAAAUCCUGCUGAGGAUGUGUAUUUGGAUAAAAAUCAAGCUUCUUGGUUUGCUUCAUGCAGUCAAUUAGCAUGCCCUUUGGGUGGUAUUCUUUGUGCCUUAAUGGUGGACAAAUAUGGAAGAAAAAAUACAACAAUUGUGACAAAUAUUAUAGCCGUUCUAGCAUGGGCCUUGAUGGCUUUUCCCAUGAAAGGAAGAGGUUCUAACUUCGUGUUUCUACAACUUAUAGCUUCCAGAGUAAUGAGCGGUAUUGUCAAGGGAAUGGGUGGUACAGCUACAGCUUGUUAUGGCACAGAAAUUUGUCUGCCAAGAAUAAGAGCUAGACUUAUAAUGGCCGUAACGAUGGCAAUGGCUUCUGGAGUUCUUUUUAUAUACAUUUUGGGAUACUUUAUAAGGGACAACUGGAGACUUUUGGGUAUGGUUCUAUUGGGAUAUCAGAUAAUCUGUCUGAUAUGCCUGAUUCCUGUAAAAGAGUCGCCAGUGUGGCUUAUGUCAAAGGGACGCACUGAGGAGGCUAAAGAUUCGUUGUCAUUCUUCAGGGGUCUCAGAUCGGGUGAAACUCACAAGGAAGUUGAAGCUGAAUUUAUUGAAAUGACGAAGAAUGCCGAAAUGGAAAUAGAUAAAGCAAAGACAUCAUUUUGGGAAUUUUUAACCCGUCCAGAAUUCUACAAGCCACUAAUGCUCUCCAUUGUUUUUUACAUCUUGCAACAAUUUGCUGGUACAUUUAUUGUCCUUGUCUAUGCAGUUCAAAUACUUACCAAUUCCGGCUUACACAUUGAUCCGUAUUUAUAUGCCAUUUAUAUGGGAAUAGCUAGAUUUGUAGUUGCUUCAUUUAUUAUGACCUGGGAAUUGGAGACAUGGACUCGUCGUCAAGUUGGAAUUUUCUCAGCUAUCAGCAUGUCAUUCUGUAUGUUCCUUCUUGCUGCAUCGAAUUGGUGUCCAUGGCUGCAAAUGUCUUAUCUUCCUGUUGCAGUAGUUAUAGGAGUUGUAAUUUUUGGUGCUGGUCUAUGGGCUGUGCCAUUUGUCGUGUGUAUGGAAAUUUUUCCACAAAAUAUUCGAGGUCCAUGUAGUGGUUUAACUGAUGGAUUUGUGUAUUUUAUGUCGUUUGUUACGAUAAAAUUGUUUCCAACAAUGGUUGAUGAGAUGGGGAGCGGAAAUACGUUCAUGUUUUAUGGUAUCACAGCUAUUGUGACAGCGGUGUUUAUAUAUAUGUGUAUUCCAGAGACAAAAGGCAAAACUUUACAUGAAAUUGAAGAAUAUUUUUCAAGUAAACGAAAAAAGGAACCAAAGAUGGAGGAAAUGACAGAAUUAGUUGUAAAAAUAAAACCAUGA